AGCAAGUAUUCAGACUUCUUUCUGGUAGGGCAAGUCAUCAUACAGGAUGCCUACCAUGAGCAAGAAGGGGGCUUCACUGAAAGGUUUGUUGCUGGUGGUCCUUCUGGUGUCCAACAUGCUCCUGACAAAGGAAGGAGUGACCUCCUUGCCAAUCUGCCCCAAUGGAUCUGUCAAUUGCCAAGUUUCCCUUGGGGAACUUUUUGACCGAGCAGUUAAACUUUCACACUACAUCCACUUCCUCUCUUCAGAAAUAUUCAAUGAAUUUGAUGAACGCUAUGCUCAGGGCCGGGGUUUUAUUCCAAAAGCUGUUAAUGGCUGCCACACUUCCUCCUUAACCACUCCUGAAGAUAAGGAGCAAGCUCAGCAGAUUCAUCAUGAAGACCUACUGAAUUUAAUACUGGGAGUGCUGCGCUCCUGGAAUGAUCCCCUCAUCCAUCUGGCCUCUGAAGUACAAAGAAUCAAAGAAGCUCCAGACACCAUCCUCUGGAAGGCUGUAGAGAUUGAAGAACAAAACAAGCGGCUUCUAGAAGGAAUGGAGAAAAUAGUUGGGCGGGUUCAUUCUGGUGAGAUCGGAAAUGAAGUUUACUCUCAGUGGGAAGGCCUUCCAUCCCUGCGACUCGCUGAUGAGGACUCCAGACUCUUUGCCUUUUACAACCUGCUGCAUUGCCUCCGCCGAGAUUCCCACAAAAUUGACAACUAUCUCAAGCUUCUGAAAUGCCGCCUAAUCCAUGAUAGCAAUUGUUAAGUACUCGUGGGCCUAAUCAGUUACUGAAAUCAUUCAUCAUGGUGUUCUUGUUGCUUUGCCACUUCUCAUUGAAAGCAUUAUGAAAAGUCACACUGUACAGUAUCAGGAUCAUCGGUAACUUUCAGGCAUGUUUGUGUGAAUUCUGGCUGCAACUAUUAGCACCAUUUAUCUUGGUGUUUUAAAAUGUUAUAAAUUACUUGUAUGACAAUAAUACACUUUUCUGUCUAAUCUCCUCAUCUAGUAGCAUUUCAGUGAUAACCAGAUC